GAACAGGAAGUCGAUUGUUUGUUAGCAACAGUCGCUGAGGAGUGAAGUGUUUAUGUGAAACGAUUGAACCAUGUCAACGUUUGCUGACGAGACUGCAGCAGAUGUGCCCGUUAAAGACAUCACCCUAAACCUCACUAAGGUUGGAGUGGGAUUAUCAGAGAUGCUGGUAGCCCAGAAUGCCCGGGCGAGGCAGGCAAUCUUGCGGGUGAGCAGGGAGGAGCUGGAGGACAGGUUCCUACGGCUCCAUGAGGAAAACCUGCUCCUCAAACAACACACACACAAACAGGAGGACAAAAUCAAGAGGAUGGCCACCAAGCUGGUGCGCUUGGUGAAGGACCGUCGGCGUGUGGAACAAGUGGCUGCAGGUGGGGUGCGUCCAGGGGGCCGGGACGUGGAGCUGGAGGAGAUGAUGGAAGAGCUGCAGGAGAAGGUCCAGGAGCUGCAGAUGCAGAAUGAGGGCCUGAAGCAGCGCCUGUUGGCCGCCAAACAGCAGCUGCAGACGCAGAGCAAACGGCCUACCCCCUAUGGCCAUGUCCAAUCACGAGUCAAUACAGGCCUGCGGAAACUGAGGGAGGACACGUUCAGCCUGGCUCAGCUACCCCCUGCUGCCCCCAGAGGCCCUAGAAGUGUGGAGGUAGAGAUGAGUGGCAGGGCCCCUCAGGGUCUGCUGCCCAGAUACGGACACAGUUUGCUGGACGAUGCCAGAGCUGAGAUCCGCAACCUUGAGAAUGUGAUUGAGAGUCAACGGUCUCACAUAGAGGAGAUGGACAGAGCUGCAGAGCUGCUGAGGGACCAGCUGAGGAGGAAGGAGAGAAAAUUUGAGGAGUCGCUCCUUCACCUGCGAGAGCAGCAGACCACUGGGCAGAGAUCUACUAUCAAGGACAACGUGGAGAUGAUCAGGUUGCAGAAGCAGCUUGUUGAGAAGGGCAACGCGUUCACUGUGCUCGAGGGACGAUUCCUACAACUCCAAGAGAGUCAGAGGACCCUGAAGGCCAGUCACGAAGCUGUGAUGGCCAAGGUGGAUGAGUUAAUGGGCCAGCUGAAAGACGAGCGACUGAGGAGUCUGGGCCUGGAGAGCCAACUACAGGCCAACUCAUUCUCAAAGAGAAGGACAGAGGAGUUGCAGGAGCAAAUCUUUGACCUGGAGAAGGAGAGGGUGUUGCUGAAGGAGAACUGUGAUAAACUGGUGAACAGUGCUUUCGAUGUAAGCCAGGAUCAGAAAUUUAGGACGCGGGAGCAGCAGCUGAAACUACAGAUAGCCCAGCUAGAGUUGGCACUGAAGUCGGACCUGACAGACAAAAACGAGAUUCUGGACAAGAUCAAGGUUGAAAGAGAUAUGAACGAAAAAUUGAGCCAAGAUAAGGAAGACAUUCAGCUUCGGUUCCUGGAACAAAAGCAGCAGUUAGAUGAAAUAAGGGAUCGAAUAAAGUUUUACACCAAGGAGAGUGAGGUCGAUGUGGCAGAGCUCAGUGAGGCACUGAUGCUAAUCAAGGUGCGUAAGUCCCAGAGGAGUGGUGAGCUGGGCUUCCUGGAGCAGGUGGAGGAGGAGGUGCGUAGCGACACGGAGCACUCCAUGAGGGAGCUGCAGGCCACGCACGCUGAGACCAUCCAUGAGCUGGAGAAGACCAGGAACAUGCUCAUAGUCCAGCACAAGAUCAACAAGGACUACCAGGCGGAAGUUGAAGCGGUGACACGUAAGAUGGAUGACUCCAAACUGCAGUACGAGCUAAAGUUGGAACGCCUUGCCCAGCUGCUGGACAUGAGGGCUGCCAAGAUCAAGAAACUAGAGGCCCAACUGAAAGACAUUGCCUAUGGCACCAAAUCACACGUUUUCAAACCCGAGGUUACCGACGACGACGUGGCCGACGAGUUCGACGAGACCGUACACCUAGAGCGUGGAGAGAACCUUCUGGAAAUCCACAUCGGCAUGGCAACCCUCACCCCAGUUGCCCUGGAGACACUGAGCGACCGCGAGCCCUCCACCUUCUGCACCUACGCCUUCUACGAUUUCGAGCUGCAGGCUACACCCGUCGUCAGGGGAGCCCGGCCGGCAUACGGCUUCACGUCGCAGUACGUGGUGAGGGUGGACGACCUAUUCCUGCAGUACCUCCACACGGGUUCGGUGACGCUGGAGCUGCAGCUGGCCCGGGGCAUGGAUUUUACGACAGUGGCUGUGGGGCAGCUCAGGCUGUCGCAGCUCCUGGAGAACGACAGCAAAGCCCAUGGGACCGUACAGCUGGUUGGUGUGGCUGGCGAGGUGCAGUCGUUUGGCUCUGUGGAGUACUGGGUGAGGCUGCGGGUGCCCAUGGAGCAGGCCAUCCGGCUGUACAAGGAGAGAGUGAAAGCCCUGGGCUACCUCAGCUCUGCUUUCAAUGCGGAACAGCAGGUUUCAACCUCAACCCUAACCCCCAAUUCAGUGUCAGCCGACGGAGGCAUGAACCUGAAUGAGCUCAACGUCACCGUCCGAUGCUGCAGCAACCUGACAUCCCGCCAUGCCCACCCACCCAGCCCCUACGUGGUCUACCAGUUCUAUGACUUCCCUGACCACGACACCUGCAUCGUGGGCGACUGCAGCGAGCCUCAGUUUGAGGACAACAUGUCCUUCCCAGUGGCCAUGGAGGCAGAGCUGGACAGCUACCUGAAGGCAGGGGCUCUGCUGCUCUACGUGUUCGAUGACCACGAUACCCAGAGUGAGAUGUACCUGGGCAAGGCCAGGGUGCCCCUCCUGUCUCUGGCCCACGACAAGGCCAUCACUGGUACAUUUGAGCUGACUGACCCGUCCGGCCUCCCCAGUGGCCAUAUUGAUGUGACGCUGAAGUGGAAGUUCACCUACCUGCCCCCUCCUGGCUCUACCAUGACAGUUGAGCAGGCCAAGUUUGUACCCAAAGAGAGACCAGUGAAGCUAACAACACGAAAGGUAGAGGAGAAGAAGGUGGAAGUGGAGGAAAAGAGGGAAGAGGAGGAGGAGAGGGAGGGGAAGAAAGAGGAGUUGAGGAUGGUGGUGAAGGAAGAGAAAAGGGCCAAAGCUCUUCUUCCUCUUCCUACUACUUCCACUGCAUCUGAGAUACCGUUACCAAAACCUAGACUACGGACCUUGGUGAAAGAAAAAACGGCAAGCAAAAAAGUCUCAUUCGUGGAUGUCACAGCACCCGAAAAUCAAGAAGCUGAAAAUGUUUCAUGUCCCUCUAUUUUGCCUGGAACAGAGAAAAGGGAAGUCUCAAAGUUACCGCCCCUAACAAAGGUGGUCACAGGGUCAGAGGUAGCACCAGAGCCUCCUCAGAGCACCACAGAGGAAGAGGAUGAUGAGGAAGAGUCUCACUUCUCUGAGGGACAAGUGAUCGUAGCCAGCUCUCAGUCUACCUCAGACGAAUCAGACAUUUCCGAGGAGAUUCUCGAACAGAUGGAAGACUUGGAGGAGCCCCCUGUGGCAGAGGACGAGGAACAGAGUGAAUCUAUCCUCUCAGACAGUGAUGACUGCAUUGUUCCUGGCCAGUCCUCCAUGGGACGGAAGCCUUCUGAGCGCGUGCGUGUGGAGAUCGUGUCUCUGAGCCUGAGGCCUGAGUCGCGGGCAGCAGCAGACGGGAGUGUGGUCAGGUUGUUUGUAGAGUACUCCCUGUUGGACAUGCCCUCUGAAGAGACGCCACAGUCCCUGCCCAAACCCUCACCGGGUAAGACCAGCCACUACAACUACAGCAAUGUGAUUCAUGUGGACAUGGAGAACAACAAGUCCAGACGGGAGAUUCUAAGGGGGGUACUAGAGGGACGCAACCCCCAAAUGGAAAGUAUCAGGUUCACGGUGGUGAGCGAGCCACCGGAGGAGGAGGAGCAGGAGAAAGAGUGUGAAGAUGUAGGCGUGGCCUUCUUCAGGAUCCCUGACAUCCUGGAGCAACAGCAAGACGUGAUUGAGACCAGCCUGAACAUUGUGGAUGUGCAGGACAGCAGUUUGGUGGUGGGCAGUCUGUGUGUGUCUGUAGAGGGACUGGAGGCACUACAGUCUAUCAUGGAGGACGCAGACCAUGACUACACGCCCCUCUCCUCACUGGAACAAAAGGCAGAGGGUUAACUCGCAACGGACAUUUUACUAGUGUGAACGACUUCAAAUCAAAUUUUAUUUGCCACAUACACAUGGUUAGCAGAUGUUAAUGCGAGUGUAGCGAAAUGCUUGUGCUUCUAGUUCCGACCAAUGCAGUAAUAACCAACGAGUAAUCUAACCUAACAAUUCCACAACUACUACCUUAUACACACAAGUGUAAAGGGAUAAAGAAUAUGUACUUGGGUGUUUAGCCUUGCACGCCACAAGACUGCGUUAGCUCACUGAGCUAAAGCCUAGGCAUUAGCUAGCACAAGUCUUCUGGUCUCAGACAAGGUUACUCAUCACAUAAAAAUGGUUCACAAUCACAGCUGUAACACUAGAAAUCAGUGGAGGCUGGUGGGCGGCGCUAUAGGAGGACGGGCUCAUUAUAAUGGAUGGGAUGGAACGGAGUCUAACUUGUGGUUUCCAUAUAUUUGAUUUCAUUCAAUUCCAGCAUCUACAGUGAGCCUGUCCUCCUAUAGCUCCUCCCACCAGCCGACUGCUAGAAAUACAUUUUACUGCUGUUUACACAAGCAUUCAUCACUUCACUUAUUUAUUCCGGGAGCUACAAGAAGUUAAACUUGGAAGGUGUAAUGGCUAAUAUGGUCCAUGGACACACUUUUCUAUGUUCUGAUACUGUUAUGUAUGCAAAUUAGUCAUUUGCAAAUGAUACUGUAUUUAGGUAAUGUAUUUUAUUUAUAUAUUUUUAUAGUUGAAAGGGAUUAUUUUAUGAGGCAGUAUGGCACUCCAUGUCAAUGGCGUGAUGUGUGAAAUUGUGUAAGUAAAAAAAAUGGUGUAUUUAUACUGCCUUGUGACAUUGGCUCUGGUUAUAAUUAGCACAUUAGCACAAACCAGUAGUAAUGUACGGACUGUGAAAAUGUGUACCUCAAAAAUAUAUUUUAUAUCUGAAAUGAGGGUGUUCAGUAGAGUUAUAGAAUGUCCAAAGCAUUGAGAAAUAUCUUAUUUUUACCUGUGUUAGAAUAAUAAAGAGUUUAGUUUCUACA